AUGUAAAAAACACAUUAUAGUUCAUUUAGCAUUACUUCUAAUUCAACUGAUAAUUCAUAAAAUAAUGCUUCCUUAAAAGGUAAGAUAUCAUCAUUAGAAUCACUUAUGUAUGAAGUAGCUGAUUCUGUUGAAAUUCAUAGAAAGGAAUAUUAAUCAUUAAAAUAACUUAAAGAUGAAUUUGAAUCCAUCUUAUCUAAUAAAACUGAAGAUAUGCUCAAAACACUUUAAAAUGAAUUAAUGUAAUAUCAUAUAUAUCUAUAAGUCAUUUAGAUGAUGAAUUGAAAAGAGAAGUUGGAUAUCAAUUAGCAGAAAAUUCAAGAAUUUAAACUUAACUAACACAUCUAAAAGGUGAAAAAACUGCUCUAGCCAUUAAAUUAAAUGAGCUUCAUUUAAGAAUUAGCAAUCUAGAAGUACAAGUAGGAAAUCAUGAAUAAAAUUGA